AUGCUCGCAGUUGGCAAUACGUCCUACAAGACAUCUAAUACUUCCUCAUUACCAUCAUCGGUGUUAAAGGGAUUAUCAUCUUCCGGACAACAUCCAUCGACGAAUCCGCAAUUGUCAACUACUUUGUUGCCGCCAGUUUCAUCGAAUGCAGUAAUCAAUAAUAAUAAUAAUAUUCCUCAUAGUACCACUCAUCGUUCGCAACUACAACAACAUCACCAUGAACGACGACGAAAUUAUCGAUAUACAGGAGAUCCUGCCUCUCAUGCAGCAGACAAAAAAGCUUAUGUUAACGGCGAUCCUGAAGGAACGCCAAUGCAUUUGUCGGGAUGCGCUGAUCCACGAAAUCCUAAUCGAAACGAUAAAGCGUAUCUUGAGUUGCCCAUACCAAAAUUUAAGAUUGAUCGAUGUUGGGUGGGCUAUUUGCCAGCCAAAGAAGUCACAUUUCGAAACUUAAAUGAUAAUAUCACAAAAGCAUUUUUAGCUGAUAUUUGUAACCGUUUUGGUGAAAUAGAUGAUUGCCGAAUUUAUUAUGAUCGAGUGACAAAAAAGCACCUUGGAUUAGGAACAGUAAUUUUUAAAAAAACGAAAGCAGCCAGAGAGUGUGUGAAAACAUUGCAUAAUUCUACAAAAAUGGGUUCAGUAAUUUCAGUAUCUCUUGAUACAGGAGGUAUCGAUCGUACAAAACAGUAUGCAACUUUAAUACGCGGACCAGAACAAGAAAAAGCAGCAGCAGCUGCAGCAGUAAGUUUAUCGAUUUAA